AUGAACAUGCUUGGCCCGCCGCUAUGCAAGCCUUCAAGCCGGCACUCAAAAUGCGGUUCGAGCAUCGGGCGGCCGUCGUCUCGGAAAAAUACAGACAACGCUAGCAGAGGGCACGUGGCUUCUAAAUGUCCCACUUCCCGCGCGUAUGCCUCACGACUGCACUUGCAAGGAGGAAGAAUACAAGCAGCUUUCGCACAACGGAAAACAGUCCCUGACUGCAGUUGGCACAGUGCCCAAGUGCAGAGGCUGCCAACAUGUGAAGAAGAGGGAAAAACACUAUCCAGAGAAGGCGUCAUUUACAAGGUUUGCUGGGACUCGUCCCACUUUUGCAAUGGGCAAAAAGUGAUGGCGGUGUUGCUGUGCUUACCCGUGCCUGCACCUCGCUUUCAGGCCAAUGAAUUUCUCCAAAGAACAUUCGGUGGGAGUGAUACAACUGACGGUGGAAACGAGACUAAGCCUUGCUAA